GCCGAGCAACGCUCAAAUCCGAGAGGCCAAGUCGCCGUCGGGAGUCGUGGGCUUUCGUCCGUGUAUCUUCUUCCCCGCCCCCGCUUGUUGGCCUUUUGCGCAUAUUUUGAUCGCACCGGACCGACGAGUGCCAUGAAACCGACGGAGAGGCUCUGUGGUCGCGGUCAGCCGCGGGAAAAGUAGCCGAGGCGUGGAAGGCUGCAGAGGGGUCCGAACGAGAAAACUCGGACGCGGACUUGAGUUCGAGGAGCAGAGCAGCAGGACGGUCGGUGUGGGGAGCUCGCUUUCUGCACGCCUUUGGACGAUGGAAAAGUCCCCCUCCUCACACGGAUCCUUCAUCAUGAGCCGAGAAUAGGCGCGUCGGUGGAUCGAGGAUGGUCUAGACGCACUUCGCUGUUAUGGUGUUCACAGAUCAACAGGGCUAAAUCCAGUGGGAAAGUAAUCAAUCGGCGCCCGCCGCGAGUAGAGAUACAGAGCUGGCACACAGACCGGAAAGCGUUGAAUAAACGCGCUGGGUGACACCAUGUGGACCCCGGGGACGUGGAUGUGGCGGGCGGCUCUUUGCUGCGUGCUUCUGGAAACAUUACUGCACGCCGCCAGAGGUCUCAACGUGUGUAUGAGUGGCAGUGCCACGUCCUGCGAAGAAUGUCUCCUGAUUCACCCCAGUUGCGCCUGGUGCGCGCAAGAGGAUUUUGGAAGGGGGCGCACUCUUACGUCGAGGUGCGAUUUUAGUCCAAACCUGCAGAAGAGGGGCUGCGCCGCUCAGUUCAUUGAGUACCCCACCAGCAGCAUCUCGGUCCUGCAAAACAUGAUGCUGAGUUCCAAAGGGUCCGGGGCCACCCAGUACGACGUCGUCCAGAUUAUGCCCCAGAGAAUCUCCCUCAGCUUGCGGCCAGGAGACCAGACGUGGUUUGGACUGCAGGUGCGGCAGGUGGAGGACUACCCGGUGGAUCUCUACUAUCUGAUGGACCUCUCUCUUUCCAUGAAAGAUGACCUGGACACCAUCCGUAACCUGGGCACCAAGCUGGCCCAGGAGAUGGGAAAGCUUACCAGCAACUUCAGGCUGGGCUUUGGCUCCUUUGUGGACAAAAACAUGUCCCCCUUCUCCUACACAGCCCCCAAGUAUCAAGAGAAUCCUUGCAAUGGAUACAAACUGUUCCCCAACUGUGUCCCCACCUUCGGUUUCCGCCACAUCCUCUCGCUGACGGACAAAGUGGACCGUUUCAACGAGGAGGUGCAGAAGCAGAUGGUAUCUCGCAACCGGGACGCACCGGAGGGCGGAUUUGACGCCAUCCUGCAGGCCGCUGUUUGUAAGGAGAAAAUAGGUUGGAGGAAGGAGGCCUACCACCUGCUGGUGUUCGCCACAGACGACGUACCUCACCUUGCCCUGGACGGCAGGCUGGGAGGCCUCGUCCAGCCCCACGACGGACAGUGUCACCUCAAUGACAAGAACGAGUACAGCGCCUCCACGAAGAUGGACUAUCCGUCUCUGGCUCUUCUGGGGGAGAAACUGGCAGAAAAUAACAUCUUUCUCAUCUUUGCAGUCACUAAACGGCUGUACGUUAUUUAUAAGAAUUUUACCGCACUCAUACCUGGAACCACAGUUGAAAUCCUGGAUCAGGACUCCAAGAAUGUCAUUCAGCUGAUCAUCACAGCCUACAAUAACAUCCGUUCUAAGGUGGAGUUGACGGUAUGGGACCACCCAGAGGACAUCAGCCUAUCCUUCACCGCCACCUGCCAGGAUGGAAAACCGCUGCCAGGCCUCAGGAAGUGUGCAGACUUGAAGAUAGGAGACACUGUUUCGUUCAACGUGAGUGUGGAGGCAAGGAGCUGUCCUCCCCGUGGCGGUGAGCAGAGCUUCACCAUCAAGCCGGUGGGGUUCAAGGACCGUCUGGAGGUGGCUGUGGAUUAUCGCUGCGACUGCGGCUGCAGCCGGACGGCACAAAUCAACAGCAGCAUUUGCAGCUCCAUAGGUACCUAUAACUGUGGGACUUGUCGCUGUGAGCCGGGCUACCUGGGCGCCCGCUGUGAGUGCCAGGAGGGUGAGGCCAGCAGCAUGUACCUCAGCGCCUGCCGGGAAGCCGAAGGCAAGCAGAUCUGCAGCGGGCGAGGAGAGUGCAGCUGUAACCAGUGUCUGUGCUACGAAUCGGAGUUUGGCAAGAUUUACGGCAGCUUCUGCGAGUGUGACGACUUCUCCUGUGCCCGACACAAAGGCAUCCUCUGCUCAGGUCAUGGAGAAUGUCACUGUGGGGAGUGUAAAUGCCACGCCGGCUACAUCGGCGACAACUGUAACUGCUCCACGGAGACGUCGCCCUGCGUCUCAGACGACGGACAGAUGUGCAGCGGGCGGGGCAACUGUGUGUGCGGCCGCUGUCAGUGUACUGAGCCCGGGGCCUUCGGGGAUACCUGUGAAAAAUGCCCCACCUGCCCCGACGCCUGUGGCACUAAAAGGGAGUGCAUCGAGUGCCGGCUUUUCAAUUCGGGGCGACUUGCGGACAACCAGACUUGCCAGCGCCUGUGCAAGGAUGAAAUCAUCACCGUGGAGACCCUCAAAACAGACGACCCCGGUGCCGUGCUUUGUCUGUAUAAGACGGACAACGAUUGUGUCAUGAAAUUCACGUACUCUGAGCACGCCAGCGGACAGUCCAUCCUCACAGCCCUUAAAGAGCCAGAGUGCGGCGGCGGGCCGGACGCCCUGACGGUGCUGCUGGCAGUGGUCGGCAGCAUCCUGCUGGUGGGAGUCGUGCUGCUUGCCGCGUGGAAGAUGGUCAUCACCAUCCAUGACCGCCGGGAGUUUGCGCGCUUCCAGAGCGCACGCUCACGUGCCAGAUACGAGAUGGCCUCCAACCCUCUGUACAAGCAGCCUGUCUCUACACAUUUUGUAGAAACAGAUUUCAACAUGUACGGGAAGUCCUACAACGGAGGGGUCCACUGAUCCCUCAGCGCAGGGCACGGCAGGACCGGUCCAACGAACAAGAUCCCCGGAGGACGGGGCCGAGGCGGAUGGCCGACCCAACGCGCUCAUCCCCUCUGCACGGCGCAAGACUGAUGACAGAAUCGAACUGAACUAGACUUUGU